AUGCCAGGGAAGGCUGCAGCGGCGGAGCAGCGCAUGCGCGACUAUGAGGUCUUCGAGCAUCUCGGCUCCGGGGCAACAAGCGACGUGUACCGCGUGGUGAACAAGACGAACAACCGCACCUAUGUCCUGAAAAAAAUGUCUCUCGCGAACAUGAGCGACGAGGAACAGUUGCGGGCCAAGCAGGAGAUUAUCGUGAUGGACAACGUAGACCACCCGAACAUCGUCAAGUUCCGGGAGAGCUUCAUGGACCCGGCCGACAACUCUGUCGACAUCAUUAUGGAAUACUGCGAGUUCGGCACCCUCGAGGAUCUCAUUGAGCGACAGCGCCACGAGAGUCGCCCCUUUCCAACCGAUGUGUUGCUGGAGUGGAUGGCGGAGCUGCUAUGCGGACUGUCCCACAUCCACUCUAACCGAAUCCUUCACCGUGACCUCAAGACAAGCAACAUUUUCGUAACGUCCAAGAAUCACUUGAAGCUUGGUGACUUUGGCGUGUGCACGAUCCUGUCGAACCCAAACGCCAAGGCGGAGAGCAUGAUCGGCACCCCUCUCUACUUCGCCCCGGAGGUGUGCAACAGCGACCCCCACGAUGAGAGGAGCGACGUGUGGAGCCUCGGCGUCGUCUUUUACGAGAUGUGCACCCUGCGCCGUCCUUUUGAGGCAGACAACCUAUUCACACUGGUCCAGCUCAUCCUCGAGUCUGACAUCGAGCCAUUCGGCAACGGCGUGGAUAGUUCGCUGGAGGGGCUCGUGCGGCAGAUGCUCGACAGGGACCCGAGUCGGCGUCCAACAGCGCAGGAGCUCAUUGAUGUGCAUCUGGAAGUCCCUGUGAGCCACCCAUCGCAUCCGUCGCAGAAGCCGUCGAGAGGCCGUCUCCUUCAACAGUUCAGCGGCCCAGAGUUGCAGUACACGAAAAAGUGGCCACCCCCAGAGGGGACCGUGCCCGUCCCCCCGAAGAGUGGCAAGGCACGCGCGACAGGCGAAUGGAUUCACACUGGCAGUGCGCUGGACGUUUUUGUGGAGCUGCAGCGCACUUUGCACCGUAUUCCAACCGCUGCCAAAGCCAAGGAUGGCGCUGCCUUCACUCCAGCGUCGCAAUCUGCCCCAGGCGCCGCACUCAACGUAUCCUCUGCAGUUACAAAGCCAAAGCCGGAGAAGUCAGCCAAGAAAUCGACGGGCGCUAAGGGUACUGCGGGCACUACCACCGCUUCUAGCCCGCUCUCUCGAACAAAGGCCAUAGAGCACGCCGGCGUGCAGAAGGAGGAUGCUGCCUUGGGUAGUUUGCUGCUCAGCUUUACAAUGCGGGAGCUGCAGCUCGACGUGCAGCGACGCCGCACAUCCAUGUUCGGGGAGGAGAAGUCCCUAAAUAGCGACGACAUACCUCUCGUGAUCGAGGUGCAAGGGGAAUCUUUCUCGGAGGCGACCGCAACGAAAGACACUGUUUCGUUUCUCGCUGACAUCGCUGCUGUCAUUGAUCGACACACGGCGAACGGCGGACAGAUUACCUUGGAGGCUUUAGACGGGGCUGCUUGCCUCCUUUCCGAAUACAAGCACCUCAAGUACGCGUGA